AUGGGAAGAGAGGAAGGAAGCAGCGAUGACACGACGCAUAUGUCUCGGGGCGCACGGCGCCUGCUGCAGCGUCGUCAGCUAGUAGUGGAGGGGGACAGCAGCAGCAGCAGCAGCAGCAGCAGCAAGAAGGCCCAUAAGCAGCAACUGCUGCGCGUCAUCAAGGGGAAGAAGCAGAGAGAAGAGACAGAGGCAAGGAGAAAGGCAAAAGCAGCAGAAGCAGAGACAGUCGACCUCUGGGGAGACGAAACCCCCAAACCAGCAGGCAACAAAAAGAGACGGGGACCUGCAGCAGCAGCAGCAGCAACAUCAGCAGCAGCAGCAGCAGCAGCAGCAGGAUCCAGCAGCAAACGGCGUCGCUGCAAGUUGGAGACACUGCGGCAGCUGGUGCCUGCUGUGCUGCUGCCAGAUGAGGGGACAUCAUAUAACCCUUCAACAGAGAAGCAGCAGCAGCAGCUUGUUGCUGCUGCUGCUGCAGUGCUGCAGCAGCAGCAGGGCCGAUCUGCACAUGCAGCUGUGCGGGCACAUGUACUAGACAAGGAGCAGCAGCUGCAGCAGCAGCAGCAACUUCUGCUGCAGCAGAAAGACCCAAUACUGCAGCUAAAACACAAGCAACCGGUUGCUGCUGCGCUGCUGCAGCAGCUCAAUCCAGAGACCGUAAAGGGUCUAUCAGAAGGAGACAAACAAAGAAUGCUGCUGGAGUUGGCUACGACUGGAAAGGUCUCCAUCGAAAACGGGGCAGCAGCAGCAGCAGCAGCAGCAGCAGAAGAGGAGACGGGAGACAACGACUCUGCCGCCGCAAAACUCUCUAAGCUGCCGAAGAAGAAGACGCGCACAGACAGAAACCGCCAGCGGAGACACCAGCAGCAGCUGCGCCGGGCUGCAGCAAAGCAGCAGCAGAAGGAGAUAAGGAAAGCUAUAGAUAAGCUGCCGCAGCUGCUGGAGGAGCUGCAGGAGCAGCAGCAGCAACAAGCAGCAGCAAACGAAAAACGCAAGGCGGGAGAAGAAGCAAAGGAGGCAGCAGCAAGAAAGGGAGUUGUGGCGUUCAAGAUAGGGAGAAAACGAUUUGUUGGGGGCCCCGUGGAGGCGGCACUGCCUGGCGAUGUCACCGGCAGUCUCAGAACCACUAAAGUGCAAGGUGCAGCAGCAGCAGCAGCAGACCGUUUGGCUUCGUUGCAUCGCCGCGGGAUGCUGGAGCUGCCUGCUGCAGCAACAGCAGCACAUGCAAACCAGCAGCAGCAGCAGCAGCAGGAUGUUCUUAGCCGCAGCCGCAGCAUUCUCGGCACAGAUGGCGCAACAGCCCUGUUGCUGCAGCAGCAGCAGCACUGCCGCUGCAGCAGUAGCAGCACUGCCGCUGCAGCAGCAGCAGCAGCUGGCGUCGAGACAGUAUUUUGUGGGGUGACGAAUUUUGUAUUGUUGGCAUUAGAUAGCAAGGAGUCAGACAGCUGGAAAAGGAGACAGAGAUACACAAUGAGGAGACAGGGAGACAGAAAGACACACGGAGACACACGGACAGAGACAGAGAGACACAGACAGAGACUGACAGACACACACAGAGACAGAGAGACAGGCAGAGAUAUAUAUAGGAGACAGGUAGAGGUACAAGACAGACUAGGAACUAGAGGAGACGAUACCGAUUGA